AUGUAUAUUCCGGUAGACCGCGAAACAAAAUUCCGUCUGCCUGUUCCUGGCGAAGAUGGUGAUCUUCGGGAACAUCGCGCCAUUAAGUGCAUCGCUUCUAAUAGAGAAAAGAUUUUUAUGGCUGUUGUCACUUCAGAUUGUAUAUACAUCUGGCUUGCUCAUCCUCACCUUCUCUUGUGCACCCUAAGGAUAUCAGCUGGAGAUGUUAUCGAGAGGGGUACCUUAAAUAAAGCUUAUUGGAAUUAUGAUUCUUCUCAUAUUGUAAUUACGACGUCACGUAACAAUCUUCUGAUUUAUCGAGUCAUUGUUUCUGGUGAGAAUUGCUAUAACCUUAUCGAUCCUCCUGAUAUUCAACUUCGACGUUGCUCACAAGAACUUUUCCUUCGUGGACCUCGGCCAUCUAUCUCCUUAGCACCUUCAGUAGUUGUCAAUCUUGCUGCAUCAGCAACAUGUUGUGUUCCACUUCGUGAGGAACUUUUUGUCUGCCUGCGAAAUGGCUUUAUCCACCAUAUCUCAUGGGAAGGUCAAGUUCGGGCAGAGUACUCAAUACGACUUCCAGCCGUGCCUUUUGCUCACGACCAAUUGCAGUCAAAACCUGAUUUCGUUACUGAUCCGGCUGCUCAUGUAGUUGAUGCUGUAUAUGCUCCUCUAGUGGGAGGUUAUUGUAUAGUGUUAUCAGAUGGUCGUGCUGCACUCCUGACUUCGUCGGAUUCACGAUUUCAUCCUAAUACAGUUCUUGGUGUCUGGGCGCUCAACAUGAAAGACGCAACGUGUAGUGAUGUCAACCACAAGUUUCGUUUGUUGACGUUCGGCUGUGCCAAUGGUGAUGUUGCGGCCUACCACUUGGACGAUUCCAACGGCUCACUUGUCCAAACAUUCCGUGUCGCUCUGAAAGUGCAGAACGGCCCGGAUGUUGUUAAUCGAGUGGGUAGUGUUUCGGAUAUCCAGGUGCUAACAAACGGAGGUGCCUUUGUGGCUGUCUGGUCGUUGAAGGCUUCUACAGGCAACACCGCCGAGGCUAAUGUCGCUCAUCUGCCAGCCACACUUGCGGUAUUCACGCCAUUCGGCACGCAGACGUGGUGUUCACUGGAGUCGAUCCUCGAUGGUGAUGGGACACCAGCAGUGUCGUACACAUCUGUUGACUGGGGUCCAGAAGGAUAUCAUCUAUGGUUAGGGCGAAGUGAUGGGUUAUCCAUUUUGCCAAUGGCCAGAUCUGCUGCAUUAUGUAAUCCCAUUAUGGACCAUUCCAAUCACAUCGUCCUAAUAUGCAGUUCUAGAGUGCUUAUCAGUUCGAAUAGGGAGCGAGAAGGAGUAGCGAGUGCACCACAUGCCGUUUGGACAGCCGUCAAUCCUCCUCAUGAAUACAUCGCAUCGAAUUGGCCAAUUCGAUUUGCCGCUGUCGAUCGAGAUUCUGCCAAGCACUUAGUUGUUGCUGGACUAAGAGGUUUGGCGCACUGUUCCCUUCCAGGAGGUAGAUGGAAAAUUUUCGGCAACGAAAGUCAGGAGUUAUCGCUGAUGGUUACUGGCGGAGUGUUGAUAUGGGGUGGUACGGUCGGCGCUGCUUGCUACGAUUUGGAUUCUUGUCGUGAACAAUUGCGAUUCUACCCUCUUAACAAAAAGCUAGACAAUCGUUUUGCUUCCAUGAUUGAGCUCGAGUGUCGAGUUAUAAUGAUGUCGCUGAGAAGUGAUGCACUGGUCACGUUCGACAUUGAAGGGCGCAUAAUCAUGCACCGUUUGAUGAGGAAUGAAGAGAGCGGGAGUGAUCUGGUGAAGAUCACAGUGGAUCGUAUAGCUGAAAUUCGGGUGGGUGAUCUUGUCACACACCCGGCUUGUUUGGUGUCAAUACAUUUAACACAACUCAGUCUUGAUUCAUCAGCUUCCUCCUUCUUUCCUGGUGUGGAUACGGUGCUUGUAAACGUUUCGGGACGAUUGUUAACACUAAAUCCUCAUAAAACCUUGAAAGACGUGGAACCCAAUGAGCCUUUCCAGUUAAAUCAACCGAUUAUGGUGGCAUCAUUCGUGGAGCAAGUAUGGCAUUGUCGAGCUCUGACUGCUAGAGAGCCACCAGGGCUUCCUCAUCUUCUGAAUGCUCUUUGGAUUAAUUGUGGGUCACGAGGAAUGCGGGUGUGGCUACCAUUGAUAUCAGGACGUCGUGCAAUAGUUUCUCAAGACACAUCUUUUAUUUCAAAAAGAAUAAUGCUUCCGUUCGAGCUGGAUAUCUGUCCUUUAGUGAUUUGUUCGAACGACUGCCUGGCUAUUGGUGUAGAGAGUUUGCCUUUUGUGUUCUACAAUGGUGGAAAGAGAUCAGCCGCCCUUUACAGUUUGCACAGGAAUAGUGAAGUUUUCGCCCACCACAUUUUGCGUCAGCUCUUAAAGCGGAACCUGGGCGUUUUUGCUUUGGAAGUAGCUGCAGCAUGUCGUCAUUUGCCACAUUUUGCACACUCUCUUGAGCUGCUUCUGCAUGGUGUGUUGGAGGAAGAGGCCACAAGCAGCGAACCUAUACCGGAUCCACUACUCCCUCGAUGUGUUGCUUUCAUCCAAGAGUUCCCCGAGUUCUUACGCACUGUUGCUCACUGCGCCAGAAAAACUGAACUGGCGCUUUGGUCGUCUUUAUUCGCUGUUACGGGCUCACCAAAUGAUCUGUUUGAGGUAUGCCUUCGUGAUGGGCAGUUGCAUACUGCUGCUAGCUACCUCAUUGUCCUGCAAAGCAUUGAGAGCGCGCAAACAAGCCAAGAGCAAGCUCUUCGCCUUCUUCGGGAAGCAUUAUCGGCGGGAGAAUGGAGCAUUGCAAAAGACAUGGUGCGAUUUACUCGUGCUAUUGGGUCGGAAGAUAUGGAUAGUCCGCCUAGGACACCCCCUCCAAUGAGAACGUCAUCUUCUCGACGUCAUGCUACCUCAAUAAAUAGUGUUGCUGAAGCCGAUGAUCUGGUUUUUGCUCGCUUCCAAGCUGGUGCUAGAAUAGCGAAGGUUCGUCAUUCGCAUGCUGAAGGUCGCGAGUUAACUCGCAAAGAUUCGGCAGGAAGCGGUAAACGAGUGAAUAGGCACGCUUCGAAUGAUAUUGGACCGCCAUCUCCAACUCAAAUAAAUCCUGUUGCUGAAAAAAUGGGUGCGAUACUGGAGGGCCACGCUGUUCAUUUGUUAGAAGAAUAUUGUCUAAGAGAUUUUGGGUAUUUCGUGUCCGCUUUGGAUCUCGACGUAUCUCAAAUAUUGGUUUCAUCGCGAAAAUUUGUACAAAAUUUCCCCAACGCCCUAACGCGACUUCAUUCUCAGUUUGCUUGGCCAUAUCCGGUCGCCAGUAAAAAAGUAGUUGAUCAAUUGGAGAAGCGAUUUGGCUCCAUGCGAUGUAGCCAAAGUGCAGCGUGUCUGAACGGAGGAUCGUCGACAGAAGUGAAGAAAACCUCGAUUCAGUCCAUUCCUAUGGCCAUCUCUCCUCAAGAAAAGACGAACUUGAGAAUAGGGAGCAGUUCUCCUUCCAGUGACCGUGUCUCAAUAGAGGACGCUCAUCUGGUUCCUAUUCAGGAAAAUGGCAGCAAUAAUGCCCCAUCUGGUUCGGUAUUGGGUUCACCGUGUAGCACGAUUGAGAACAGUACAGUUGAAAACAACGAUUCCAAAAGCAUUGGUAGCGAUUGGCACGGCCUGAAAUUACUGGUAGGGGAGACGUCCAAUAAAGGUUCCACGGAAAGCCUACAGCAAAUGACGCACCUGAUGUCCUGGUUCUCCGCUGCGGGAUGUAUGGACUGGAUUUUCUUGAUUUGUGUGGUCUCUCGGGACAUCUUGCUGUUGCGGCGCGAGAUUAAUCCCGAAUUGGCCAAAAAAGCCGGUGCUGAUGCCUUCAAGCAUGUAAUGUAUGGAUGUGACGAUCUUCUUGAAUGGGCGAGACAGAAUUGCUUGGGGUAUGUAUCUAUUCUCCAUGUGUUUGCGGCUCAUUUGGAUAUUGUCGCUCAAGCUCUUGGACUACCCGGUCGGGGAGCAUUGAAAAGGCCGCCCUCUGGAAACCCAAAUAAUACAACUGAAAAAGACGCAUCGUUCAACCUGCAAAGUCCACCUACCGGUAGGAUGGCCCGUUCCACUCGCGCUUCAACUGGUAAUCCCAAAUUGCGGGAAACUUUUGGGUUGUCAGACAAACGAGGCAGAGAAAGAAGUCGCUCUGUCGAUCGAGCAGCAGAAUAUGUCGUUGGAUCUACGGAGCAAGACAAUUCGUGUACAAUUACGUAA